GGCCAAAGUCAGCAUGGAAGUCUCGGGGGAACAGCUCUGUUAGAAUUCUUUGAGGAAAUAACAUGCUGUAUAGACAAAGGAGAGUCAUAGGAUGUUGUUUACUUUGACAGGAGGCUGCUUAACAAGAUAAAAGCCCAUGGUAUUACAGGAAGGAUACUAGCAUGGAUAGAAGAUUGGCUGACUGACAGAAGGCAAAGAUUGGGAAUACAGGAGGUCUUUUCUGGUUGGCUGCUAGUGAUGGGUAUGACACCAAUGCAGCAGCAACAGCAGCAGCAGCAAGGAUUUCCCAUGGUACCUUUGAUGCAGCCUAACAUGCAAGGCAUGAUGGGAAUGAAUUUUGGUACACAAAUGCCUCCUGGAUCAAUGCCAAUGCAGGGUGGAAUGACAAUGGGUCCAAUGCCACCAGCUGGAAUGCCAUAUAUGCCACAGCAUCAUUACAUGGCAAUGCGUCCUUCUCCGCCACAGUACACGCCAGAUAUGCAAAAACAGUUUGCUGAAGAGCAACAAAAGCGGUUUGAACAACAGCAAAAGAUGAUGGAAGAGGAACGGAAGCGGCGACAAUUUGAAGAGCAAAAGCAGAAGCUUCGUCUUCUGAGCAGUGUAAAACCGAAGAUGGGGGAAAAAAACAGAGAUGAUGCCUUGGAAGCCAUUAAAGGAAACCUUGCUGGUUUCACAAGGGAUGCAAAGAUGCACCCAGGCCCUACUUCACAUUCCAGUAAAUCAGAUCCUCCCCAGUCAUCCCUAUCAACUGCCCCUCCUUCCCAAUCCCCUGCUUUUUCUGACGACGAAGAAUUCAGUGAGUUUGUUCAGGGGCCUGAUUCUGCCGCACCUGCGGUCCCCACCAGUUUCCAGCAUGUCCAACCCUUCCACCCCACAUUAGCGUCAGGGCUGCAGUCUGAGCUGGCUGCAGCUCCGGCCCAGCCUGUUACUUCAGUCCAUCCCAAAGCUUCAUCUGCAUUGUAUGCCACAGCAGGGCAUUCAGCAAAAAACAGCCAAGGCCUUUCAUUGGAAGAGAAAAUGUUUGCUUCCUGUGAUUUCAGCGUGCCUAAAAAGGCGCACAAUAAAUUUAACAAGUCUGAGCCACUGGCCCUCAUUGGGUCUAAAGCCUCAGUCUCGACUCAGUUUCAGCCCAGUGCCAAGGCCUGUAACUGGGGCAUCCAGUCUGAAAGCCUCAGUGGUAUCUUCACAGCAGAUAUGCCAAAGGAUCCAGUGCCAGAGAAGGCUGCCAAAGAGAGUGGUGUAGGAGUGUACCCUUCACAGGAUACACUUCAGCCUAUGCUGCCUCCUUGGCUUUUCAAUGACAGUCUUGUCCCAGAGCUCUACAAGAAAGUUCUUGAAGUCACUCUCACCCCAGUGGGCAUUGAUACAGCAAAACUUUAUCCUAUUCUUCUCUCAUCGGGAUUACCCAGAGAGAUGUUGGGUCAGAUAUGGGCUUUUGCUAAUCGAGCAACACCAGGCAAACUUACCAAAGAGGAACUGUAUACUGUAUUGGCUAUGAUAGCCAUGUCACAGAGGGGCAUUCCUGCAUUGAAUUUUGAAAAUCUCAACCAGUUUUCAUCUGCUCCUGUUCCUACGUUAAGUGCAAUGCCGAUGACUUUACCUACUUCAGUUCCACAGCAGCCCAUGAUUUCGGUGCCAUCUGGUCCGAGUGCAAGUCUGCCUGUUCAAGCAGGCCAGUCUCUGGUAGGCAUGGAUCUUCCUGCACCAGUGGGUGGCAGCACGGCUCCAGUUUCCAGCAGUUUUGUGGCAUCUUUUCCUGCCAGCCAGGCUACAAAAUCUGAUGACGAUGACUUCCAGGAUUUUCAGGAAGCACCCAAGCCUAAUGCAUCUGAUGAUUCAUUCAAAGGAUUCAAGAGUGAAGCCUCUGGAACUUUAUCAAAAGCACCAAACUCUCAAACUUCAGUCAGUGCACAUACUUUACUGAUGCCAAUUUCAGGAACCUCUACAUCAUCUUCAGUUGACAAAUAUGCAGUUUUUAAAGACUUGACGGAAGACAAACCUGCAGAAAGUUCAUCAUUUGCAGAUUUUGGUGAUAAAUACAGUGUGUUUCGGAAGCUUGGUCAGAGCACAGAGAGCAAAUCCUCAGGGGAGGGCUUUGCAGAAUUCAAGUCACCGGGAAAUGACGAUGGAUUCACAGACUUCAAAACUGCAGACAGUAUUUCACCAGUAGACUCUUCAGAGAAAGCAAAGACGUUCACAACCGCCUUUCCUUCUGUGCCAUUUCUUCAGCAACUGCAGCCUGUUACACAACCUAAAGAAACUUUCAAUUUCACGGACCUUUUUAACUCUGUCAGUUCUUCUGGAGAAAGCAAAUCUGUAUCAUUUCCAUCAGUUUCUGUGACAUCAUCCAUUGCAUCAUCUGUGUGUGUUGCACCAUCAUUGCCAUCGUCACAUUCAUCCAGUACUUUUUCCUCAUCUGGUAGCAGGACUGUUGGCGGAAUUGAUGAAUUUGGAGACUUCAGUCUUUUUGGCAUUCCUUCCAGUACUACUACAGGUGGGGAAUGGGGUCAGGAUGAAUUUGCAGAUUUUAUUGCUUUUGGCUCUACUGGAUCCUCUGAACAAAAAUCAAAUGAUAAGUACAAUGUUUUGAGGCAGGAGAAGAAUGAUGGAUUCACGGUAUCUUUUGAUGCCUCACUUGGCAUAGCAGAGCAACCUCCAGCUUCCACUGUAGACAAAUAUGAUGUUUUUAAACAGUUACCUGAGGAAGGGUCUGUUUUGGACUUUGAGGAGCAAAAAGACAACACCUUGCUUUCACAAGGGAAGAAUGAUGAUGACUUUCCAGUAACCAAGUUGCCCCUUUCAUUUGGCACCUCCGAUAAGGCUUUCAUGGAUAAACUUUCUGCUUUUAAACAAGCAAAGGAGGACUCUGCUUCUGUGAAAUCUUUGGACCUUCCUUCUAUUGGUGGAAGCAGUAUUGGUAAAGAGGACUCAGAAGAUGCCUUAUCUGCUCAGUUUGACAUGAAGUCAGCUGAGGUUGGUGGUGACCUGAAGCAUGUAUUGUCAGACAGCUCGCUGGAUUUGCCACCUGUCAUUGGUCAGCCACCUCCUGUUACAGAUGUGGAUGACUUUAAGUUUGACCCGUUUGGUAACUUCAGCAAUGGCUCGGCAGUGAGCAGCUUGACCAGUUAUGAUUGGUCUGAGAAAGAGGACCCUGGCUCCCAGAUUAAGAAGCAGCCAUCGUACUUUUUUAAUCCAGAAAGCAGAUCCUUAUCCUCCACAUCAGUGCUACAGAAGAAAGAAACUUCUUUCGGCAGCUCUGAGAACAUCACUAUGACAACUGUCUCCACGGUAACCACAUUCUCAGCUGAGGAUGCAAGCUCCCAUCAUAAGUUUGAUGCCUUUAGAGACUUCAAAGAUACUGCAGAGCAGACCAAAGAGAAAAAGGAAAGUUGUAAUACUGACUUUGGGGAUAUUACAAUUACUUCAUCUAGGGGGGGAGAGAUUACAGAGCCUAAUGUGGCAGAAUCAACCCUGGGUGACGCAGAACAAAGUACUGAGGACCCCGUCACAAAUGGGGCUUCCUCUGAAGAAACAAAAACUGAAACCUUUGAUGAAUUUGGAGAAUUUCAAAGUGAAAAGCCCAAAAUUAGUAAAUUUGAUUUUCUAAUGGCUAGUUCCCAGGGAAAGAUGAAAUCCAGCGAAGAGAUGAUCAAGAGUGAGAUGGAAACAUUUGACCUUUCUGUACAAGGAUCUCAUAAAAGGAGCCUGAGCCUGGGGGAUAAGGAAGUAACCCGUGCCCCAGUAUCUUCAGAGCAGGCAUUCAGGGACCGUUCAAAUACACUAAAUGAGAAACCAGCAGCACCUUUGCCUGUCAUCAGAGACAAAUAUAAGGACCUGACUGGAGAAGUAGAGGAAAAUGAACGCUACGCAUAUGAAUGGCAAAGAUGCUUAGAAAGUGCACUGCAGGUGAUCAACAAGGCCAGUGAGACUUUGAAUGGAAUCAGCAGCUCAUCUGUGUGUAGUGAAGUCAUUCAGUCAACCCAGGGCAUGGAAUAUCUCUUGGGGGUAAUAGAGGUAUAUAGAGUCACCAAACGUGUUGAGCUCGGAAUCAAAGCUACAGCAGUGUGCAAUGAGAAACUCCAAUUACUGAUGAAGGAAAUAGAGAAGAUCUGGAGUAGUCUUAUGAUAUUCAUGUCACUCACUCCCCUCACGCCUGAUGAAAACUCUCUGGAUUUCUCUUCCUGUAUCCUGCGUCCAGGAAUAAAAAAUGCUAAAGAGCUAGCCUGUGGAGUUUGUCUGCUUAAUGUUGACUCCAGAAGCAAGAAGGAAGAAAACUUGGAGGAUCAUCCGAAACAAGCCUUUAACUCAGCAAGUGACAAUUUUAAGUUAUCUUAUGGUGGUCACCAGUAUCAUGCCAGCUGUGCCAAUUUCUGGAUUAAUUGCGUGGAGCCUAAGCCACCAGGCCUCAUCCUCCCGGACUUGCUCUGACACAUAGUCGUGGGAGCUGGAUGCUGUUAAACAUGUCCACUUCUUGCACCUCAUUGACAUUUCACACAGAUCAGUGGAUAAUGCAAGGUAGCCUGUAAAGCAGAUCAAUUUGCAACUUUUAUUUUUUUUUAAGUAUAUUUAAUGUUAUUUACAUGAGCUCCUGUCUAACAAACAAGGUUGCUUACGUUCUGCUUCCAGAAGGUACAGCAGCACUUCAGAUUGAACCAGACCUAAACUUAUCUGUUUGUUCCUAGUUACUUGAAAUCUAGAAGUUGUAGUUGCAUUUAAUAGUUGCAGCGAAACAACUUUGGUAUAGAUCUUAAUAUUUUUAAAUGGGCAAUCUUAUAAUGAGGUGUUAAAUUCAUUCCAGUUUUCUGAUUGUUGGAAAAAAAUUAUAAAAGCCUAGAUUUUAAAUUAGUCAAAUGAGUAAAUAUUUCACUUUCACUCCUUUAGUUCUCUGCCGGGGUUCUGAGUGGAAUGAAUGAUAAUAGCUAAGGUGUCAUGGAAAGAGGAGAAAAGCUCAGCACCCCAGCGGAUGUAAAGUUACCCUAAUGUAAAAAUGUUGUCCAGAUGCAGACCUUGCUCUUCCUGAAGCCCAAACAGAGUGUAGCAGGGUAGAGGAUGCAUCUUGCAGUGUGGAUGCAGUGGGUGUUGUUUACAAUAGUUCCUCAAAAUGUGAAAGCUGUCAAAAAAAUUGAGUUUUUUUUUGUUUGUGAAUUUACUAAGUAACACAAAUAAUACAUAGCAAUUUCAAUAUUCCAGUCUAUUUAUUUCUCCCCCCAGAGGGUCACAUGAAAGCCCUCAUGAGCCACCUCAACCAACCACUGAGUUAAAUCGGGCAAACCCAUGUGUCCGAGUAGCUGCACUCAGAGGGUAACUUGACUGGAGAGCGCAAUGUAAAAUGAGCAAUGUCGGACUAAUGUCUGUUAUAAAUCUCUGCUAUUUGACCUCCUUGGAAAUAGAACUAACAGCAAACAGCUGAAUCAGUACUGCUGUACUUACACCCCACCCCACCCCACCCCGGUCAAAAUUAGCCCGAAUGUAUCACCUGUCCCAGUAAUGGCAUCUUUUGUUGCAUUUCUUCAAAGCAAGCUAUAUUUCAGGAAUAUUGUGUAAAGGAGUUCUAACAUGAAUAUUCAAAAAGAAAUUGAAGCAACAAUAUAAAUUUUAGAAGGUUUGCUGUAGUUGUCUUAAUAUACAUUUAUUUAAAACGAAAUAACAUUCCCAUUUGAAAACAUCCCAGUUUUCUUGGGAGAAGUUUAUUGUUCUAUAAUGGUGUACAAAAUCAUAUAAAUUUUUAUUGGUUUAGGUCUAAAUUUUAUGUUUUACAAUUUUAUAUUGCAACAUUUAAUCUCUAAUGGUCCACCUCCUUCCUCAUCCUCCACCCACUGCAUCAGCAGUCAUCCAAUUUUAAUAUCUACACUUUUCCUUUCUUUGCAACGUCAUUGUGUGGAUAUUGCAUGAUUCAUGUUAUGUAUGUUGAUAAAUACUGGAGACCACAGUGAAGUAAGCCCCAUCAAAGCAUGGACUGCAAUUUAUUUGUGCAAACGGGUUUAGUGAAAGCAGACUUGAGUGACAAGCACUGUUACUGAAAUAGGGAGUUUUGUGGUCAUGAGGCCAAUGGUGCACUACCUCAGGAAUUGGAGCAUUUAGUGAUUAAAAUGUGGAAUUCUACAAGAAUAAUCUAUUUCAGUAAAGGUUUAGAUGUUUAUUUUUUCCAGGGUACUUUUUUUGAAUUUUUUUCCUUGCAUUUUCACUUAUGGUUUAAGUUCAUGCAGCAGACAUUUUGUUUCGCAGUAAGCUACCUACUUGAAGAAACAUUUUUAAUUGUUACUGGAAGAACAGACAUAGAGUGCAUUUAACUUUUGUCAAGAUAGAGUCAGCGUGCAGUGAAAUUUACAAUCAAUCAGUUCUGUGAUGGUUACAAUAAAUACUCUCCAAGAUCAUGAUCUGCGUGUUUCAAAGAGUCAGCUGUGACUUUGUAGAUCACAGACCUUGGUUUUAUGUGAAGGAAUACACGUGAAGUACUCCAAAAGUAACCCUUAAUCGUUAGAGAAGGUACUCCCUGAACAGUAUUUGCAUUAUAUAAACUCUCUGAACGGUGAUUCAACAUUUUUGGUUCUGCAGAGCUACAGGCCAAAUUAUUGACUAUAUCAGCCCAAGUGGAGGGUAUUUCAUUUAAUUAAUCUAUUAAUGUGCUGAUCUUAACUGUAAAUGCACUUUUUAAUAUUCCUUUUAUCCACAUUGAUAAUUAUUUUAUAUUGAUACGUGUGGGUGGGUAAUUACACUGUUUUAGCCUGCUUUGUUUGAAUUAAUUGUAUGUAAAUGUAUGCUUUCCUGUUAUUAGCUGUAACCAUUCAAAAUGGAAAAAUUAAGAAUGUGAUUCAAGUGUUAAAUCUUUGUCUAAAAUGUUGCAAUAGUGUUCGCACAGUAAGCUUUUACUGUUGGGGACUUGGGCAGAUGAAAUAAAUAUGACAAGUCAUUCCUCUCCAUAAUGAACAUUAAUUUUGAUUUGGCAUGGCUUUUAAAUUACGAUUUUAAUAAAGCAUUCAUGUUCAUAAUAUUAUUUGUCAAUAGAUGUUGAUGAUGAAGCCUGCUUUGUAUUUCCAGUAUUUUUGUAUUUAGUUGAAAAGUAAUACAGGUAAGAAAUUGAGUCAAACGGUCUCUUAUAUGCAGUUUGAUGUAAUCUGAUGCCCUUUUUCUGUAAAGACUGAGUACCAGAGUUUUAACAUCGGAUUGGAUACCUUCUCAUUGCCAAUAACUCUAGUGUCCUAGGUUACUGUAUCCAAGGUUACACUCUAGUUGCUGUAGAAACCUUGUGAAUUGUAAUGGAAUGUGUCGCAGCCAUUCUUGUGCAGCAGGUGUUAUCUACUUAUCAAAGCAUCAAUACAACAUUAAAGAUUUCAAGGGAAGUUAUGUUUCAAAGAAUUUAUUGGAAAUUCUCAUUUAUUUUCCACAGAUUGAGCCCUACUGGCGUUCAUAUUUUUUAUAGAAUGUCCAGGUUUUUAAAAAUCUAGUGAUCACCUUUUACUGCAAGGUUUAGACAGAGAAAUCAAAUCUUUAAAAGCAAAUCAGUAGUUUCUUUCAUAUUCUCUUAUCUUUACCAAAAUAUUUUCAAUUACUUUGAAAUUAGUCACUUUGAAUUAAUUAAUGAUUUUAUGGAAUCAGAAAAUAGUAUUAUAAUCCACCUAGCCCAUUCCAAUUUCUCAGAAAGUUACUAUACAUAAAAAUAGUGGUUGACAAGAGUGUUUUUGUUAAUUUUGAAUAGGAAGCUACUGUUCUUUAUUCCUCCAUUACUCUCUCUUUUUAACUAUACAGUAAUAGAUGUACAGUAUAUGACAGACCAUAAUAUUAUAAUAAGGAUUAAGUUCACAUUCCUACCACUGUAAGUUUCCCCUAGUGUGUAGGUGGGUAGUAGAAUC